AUGGAAACAGAAAUUUUCGUCGCCGUAUUUGGCUUCGUGAUAUUUUCAGUAAAUUCUGCAUCACAGGUGCCAUCGACGUAUACCAUAAAAAGUUCCAGUGUCUGCUACGGCUCUGAUCCAGAAUGUACACGUCACUUCCUGUCAUGUGAUAAGAAGACGUCAGUGAUUGGUUUAUUUCAAGGAGUGUAUGGGUUCAAACCUCUGGGGUCAAUGUGUCGAGAUGUGUCUGCCUGUAGAACUGUCGACCCUGAAACUUGUUGCACCAAGCAGAAAGACGAUUGUGGGGUUGUCUUCCGACCAGGCGAUCUGAACCAGUUGUACAGCAAUUGUUCUGGUCGUCCGCAAUGUUCGUUUGACGCUCCCCGACUUACCGCCAAAUGUUCCACGCAGACGUAUCGAAGUAUUUCUGUGUUUUCUGACGUCAAAUAUACUUGCGUCAAAGAGAAUCAGCUGGUAACCCUUGGAGACCGGAAGACCAUAGUUGGCGACCAGGUUUACGUCAUCUAUCGUGACAAGAUUCUUUCAAAAAUGGCUGACGUUGUUGACUGCCAGUGUCUCGUGCUGUCGAGAAACGGAAGUAAAGUGGAUAUCGACAUUUUUGCUCUGGAUAUUCGUCUGAAUAAGACAAUAGAACCAGGAUGUAGUACUGUCAGUUUUAUCAAAGAUGGUGAAGUCUUACGAGAAAUGUCCUGCAGCUCGAGAAAGUUCUACCAUUCCUUCGAAUAUAUUUUGAGAACUUCGACUCCAUUACGAGCUAAAGUCACUCUCAACAAAAAAACAAAACCAACCAAUAUCUGGUUCGGCUUCAGAGGUUUGAACGGGGAGGUAACUCUAUCAUGUAGUUAUGUAUCACAAGUUAUUGAACCUGAAACCAGUACAUCACCAACUACUGUUCCAAAGAAUAUAGAAACUACCAGUUCCCAUCCAGCAGGUCAACAUCUUGAUCGUUUGGUUUCCAGUAUAUCCAGUACUAGAAUGGUUUAUACUCAACCUGUAUCAGGGACGACUAGUCCGACUGUAGGGGAUACUGACGCGAUAUCAACUACGACGUUUACUGAUUCGUCUACAAGGAAUGAAUCUCGCUCAAACGGUCAUUCCUCGUCAAUAUUCACACCACCAACAGAUGUGAGUUCAGAUUUUACGUCUGUUACCAUUGUUAGACAAACUAUUGAUAUAAAUGCCAGUGUUUCAAAUACAGAACAAUUUUAUGACGUAACAUCAACGUUUGAUGACGUUAACACAACAUCAAGUGACGCCAUAUUAAAUUCUGACUUCAACACUAAAUACACAGAAAGCAGUGACGUUUCAGGUAAGAAUGAUAACGAAAACACAGAAUAUAAUGACGUUCACACAAAAUCAGAAAAUGCUGAAAUUGAACAAGAUAAGAAAAUUGAAAGUGAACAAGACGGAAGUAUAUUUCAAGAUAGCAGGAUAAUGAUGGCGGGGGGAUUAUUUGGUGGUUGUGUUGUUUUAAUUGUUUUUAUAUCAGCUUUAUAUUGUUACGUCAGACGACGAACUAAACGAGAAGCAGAAAUGUCGGAAAUAUUCCAAAUCGAGGAUGGUGACAAGUCGGCAGAUCACGUGUAUCACGUCAAAGAUCCUGAUAACUUCAGACAUUCCAGCAUACAUUCAAACAUUCAGUCCACGUUAUCAGAAAGUUCCACUGAUCCGCAAUGUCUCUACUCACAAAUCGAUGACGUCAGACGUCACAGUGAAAUAGUAUACGCCAUACCAAAUAAAAAGCGAACCGUUCAUUCGUUAAAUUCUGUAACUAAGGUGAAUUCGACGUCAUCACAAACGCCGUUAGCAAAUCGAACGUCCUUAAAUUCGACGUCAUCUAAUCCUACGUCACACAAUGAUUAUUUUGAUCUGGAAGCAGAGACGUUCAGCACAGAAACUAGUGACGUCAUGAGUGAAACAUUAAGUGAUGACGGCUACAACCAUCUAAAUGAACAUCAAUCGACUGCAGUCGAACAACAGAAUGAUUAUGAUUCCUUGACGCCACCCGAUUCGAAAAGUACCAAUUUAUAA